AUGCACUUAACCCGCGACGGGUAUAUCCUCCGUCCCGCUCGGCCGGUCGGUGCACGUGUGCCGUUGGAACCAGUUCUCUGCGCGAGCGCGGCCCAUGAUUUUAUUAAUUUGUGUUUCUUACCGCCACAGUUCAUUGGCGAUCGGUUUGACCGCCCCUACUCAGAGUCCGACGCCGAUCGUCCGCCGCCGCAUCAGCCCCACCACUGCCGUCGCUCAGCCUCCUCCCCCCCUCUAACCCUGACUCUCGACUCCGAUCUAGAAGACGAUGUCUUCAUCAGCCCCCGAACGGACAACGGCAACGACCCAUUCUCCACCAGAAACCUGGACAUCUUCGGCUAUGGAAGUCCCAGGACUCCUGCGGGAGUGCUCUUGAGUCCACGGAGGGAGCGAUCGUUUACGUUUUCGGUGACGAGCGAGAAGCACUGGCGGGAUAAGGGGGGGACGGAUGUGGCUGAUGGAGUUGCUGAUGCUGAUGUGACCGACGCCGUAUCCGAACCACCCGACGAAUCCGACCGGUCAUCCGAAAGUUCAAUCUUCUCGUCCAUCAUCCCUGACAAGCUGUCAGGCUCGAUCUGUACUGCUGUGCUCUUCAUGCUAGGCUGGAAGCUGCUAGCAAACAAGCGGUGAACAAACUUAGUAAGGCUACGGUCUCCUAUUAAACGCUGUACGUGGCGCACGAUAUCAACGUCAACGACAUCUAUACGUCUAGGUCAGAAAGAAACCAUAAAAUUUAUAUAGCAUUGUGACGCGGCCUAUGGCGUGACGCUGUACGGGACUAUUCCCACCUCUCGUUCCCACCGCUGCACCUUCUGUGGAGCCAGGAUCUACAGCUUGACCGCCAA